AUGGAGAAAUAUUUUGCAGCCCACAACCCAAAAGAAGCACUCGUAGAGUCUGAUGUUGAUGCACCGCCUCCAUCUACAAAGCCUGCCAUCGAACCAACAGUACGAAUAAAAUGCCUCUCAGGUGCAAUGCUGAUCACAAUCAAAGAUGCGCCACCAAGUCAUGAGAGUGGCCUAUUUAAUGGCAUGGUCUAUCCGAAAGGCUUGUCGAAGAAUUCCACAUGCCUAACAGAAUACAGAGAUCACGAGGGGCCUUUGAGGUAUAAAUUACCGUUGCGUAGUUGCAACACAAUGCCACAAGAAACGAUUAAUCCUUUAAUAUGCCCAUAUGAAUAUUUGGUAAAGUUACAUUUAGUUGACUAA